GGGGUCCCCCAAACUUCAGAAGCAGAUUUGCGUCCGGAAAACGCUUUUCUGCCUGAUUCGCGCGACCAAGUAGCGGGACUGACGCAUUUGAAGCGCGAAGUAAAAUACGCGCUGCAGUUUGUGUGGUGCAUUUUGUGCAUUCGCGCUUAUCGCGUCUACCGCUCAAAUUGGAAAAAUCUGAACUCCAGCUUCAAGUGGCGCCCGGGACAACCAAUCAGGAGCCUGGUGACGUGACGCUCUGGUCUAGUUCAAAGGGGCAGGUCCAGGCAGAGCCCUUCAUUCUUCAUUCAAUAUGGAGGAAAGGCUCAUCAAAUCCGUAGCCAACCACCCGGAGCUGUAUGACACCAGCUACUUUCUCUACAGAGACAGGAAUAAAAAGGACCUAGCUUGGAGGAAGAUAUGUGAAGAGAUCGGGCAACCUGAGGACAUCUGCAGGAGAAAGUGGAAGAGCUUCAGGGACACAUACGUCAAGGAGAAGAGGAUGGAGAAGGAGAAGAGGAGUGGGUCUGCAGCAGGAUCGGGGAGGGAAUGGAAGUUCUUCGCGGUCAUGGGGUUUCUGGACCCCUUCCUCACCCCGCGGGAGACUAGCGGCAAUAUGGUGGGGACCGUGGAGAACAUCCCCCCGGAGGACCAGGGCCAGCCCGAAGAGGCAGCAGGGGAGUCCCAGUCAGAAGAGCCAACUGAUUCUGCAGCAGAGCCAUCCCCUGUUGCUUCUCCUGGCUCCCCAGUCCCUGGUCCCUCCGCUCCUGCUGCUGCACCCACAGGUAUGUAAUUGUAGUAACAGAUGUACAGCAAGCACUGAUAGCUUUUUACUCGCUUGAAUUCUCUUGUGAUUACCUUUACUAAAUAUCUACAACCAAUCUGAUUAUAUCCUGUUUUUUUUUUUUUUCAAUGUUGAAAAUGAAAAUCUAGUAGCAGCCUUCUCAUU